UCCCGGCUAAACUCUGGGGCGCGGCUGCGGAGCACCGAGCUCCCGCCCUUUCCCCCGGCUCGGCAAUGCUUCCGGGGAAAGGGAUGGGAAGGGCCCCGGGAGGAGGGGAGCGCGGCGCCCGGUAGGGUCAAGUAAUUCUGCUCACUUCUGCCAGACUGGCUGUUAGGUUUAAAACACAGCUUGCACACAUACAAAUAAGCUGAAGGUAAUACUGAAGAUACACAGACUUAGAGAAGGCUCUGAACCAUGGAUAGCCUCUGUGCAGCAAAUACCACUUUUGCACUCGACCUCUUCAGAAAGCUGUGUGAGAACAAAAGCAGGCAGAAUCUAUUCUUUUCUCCUUUCAGUAUUUCUUCUGCUUUGUCUAUGAUUUUGCUGGGUUCAAAAGGUAACACUGAAGCCCAAAUAGAAAAGGUGCUUUCUCUGAACAAAGCUGAGGAUGCUCACAAUGGGUAUCAAUCACUUCUCUCUGAAAUUAACGAUCCAAACACCAAAUAUAUACUAAGAACUGCUAACCGACUUUAUGGAGAGAAGACAUUUGAGUUUCUCUCAUCAUUUAUAGAGUCAAGUCAGAAAUUCUACCAUGCUGGCCUAGAACAGACUGACUUCAUGGAUGCUUGGGAGGAUUCCAGAAAACAAAUAAAUGGCUGGGUAGAGGAAAGGACUGAAGGUAAAAUUCAGAACCUGUUGGCAGAGGGGAUUCUUGAUUCACUGACCAGACUUGUGUUGGUGAAUGCCAUCUAUUUCAAAGGCAACUGGGAAAAGCAGUUCAACAAAGAAAGAACAGCAGAAAUGCCAUUUCACAUUAACAAGAAAGAGACCAAACCUGUGCAGAUGAUGUCCAAGAAGGAUAGAUUUAACAUGACCUAUAUUGGGGACUUCCAGACGAAAAUUCUUGAGCUCCCUUAUGUCGGUAAUGAACUCAGCAUGAUCAUCCUACUCCCUGAUUCAAUCCAGGAUGGAUCCACUGGCUUGGAAAGCCUGGAAAGAGAACUGACGUAUGAGAAGCUGAUAGAUUGGAUCAAUCCUGAAAUGAUGGACUGUACAGAGGUGAGAGUGUCUUUACCCAAAUUUAAACUGGAAGAAGAUUAUGAUCUGAAACUGGUUCUGGGCAGCAUGGGAAUGCCUGAUGCAUUUGACUUGGAGAAGGCAGACUUCUCAGGAAUCUCAGCUGGCAACGGUCUGGUGCUCUCUGAAGUAGUUCACAAGUCCUUUGUGGAAGUCAAUGAAGAAGGCACUGAAGCGGCAGCUGCCACGGCAGCUGUGAUGAUGGUGCGCUGUGCAAUGAUAGUUCCAGAAUUCACUGCUGAUCAUCCCUUCCUCUUCUUCAUCCGGCACAACAAAACUUCCAGCAUUUUGUUCUGUGGCAGAUUUUGCUCUCCCUAAAAAGGAGAUGUCUUGGCAGAAGAGGCGCCACUACACAAUAACGUUCUGUUUCUUUAGAAUAGGGCUUCUCUUUUGGCACUAAUUGCUUCUUUCAACUGUGCCUGAAUCAGCUUCUGUGCUCUUCAUCUCAGGCCUGAAGAGAAUAACAGAGCCACUUAGACAUACACAGCAACUGCCAUUUACAACAACUCUUACCUUGUGCACCUGAGUGCAGAGGUCUCUAACUUCUUGCUGACACAAGAAACAUCCCACUUGCUCAGUGAAUGCGUCAUCUGUCCUUGUAGUCCCUGUUGCACUUCACUUUUUGUGGCCACUGGGUGGCAAGUCUGAAAGGAAAGGAGGAAGUUAAUGUUGUUUCUGAGGAGGCUGGAGCACAUCUUUAGCUCCCUUCCCCCUUUUUUUUUCUUCCAGGCUUAUCCAUUUAAUGUCUUGAUACAUUCCCUAGAGAUGAAAGGAGUCUGUGGCAGCCUGUUCCAAGUGUUGCCAAGCAUCUUGACUAGACAAGUUUUUUGGAUAUAACUGGACAAGCACUUAGGCAAGAAUGGGAAUAGAAGUAUCUCUUCACACCAAAUCUCUUUACAGGGUAUUCAGGGAGUGAGGCUCAUUGUUUUAUUACCACAGGACACCUGGGUUUAUUACCUAUCACCUAGUUUAAUAGUUAUUUAACAAGGAAUGUAAUGAAAAGGAUAUGGUGCCUAUGCAAUAUUUAAAUGAUAAAGCUUUAAUUUUUUGCUAUUGCUAUAUAUUUUUCCUAUUCAUAAUUUCUGAAAUGUUUUGGUUUAAUGAUAUAAUGCCAAAGACAUAGCUGAAAUAGCUUUCCUAAUACAGUGAUUUCUUUUGCUAUUUAUGUUCCUGAAAUAAUAAAAGAACUGUAAGUGCUGUA